GUUGGGUUAAGUUUGAUGUUUUUAAGUUCAUUUAAAGGUUUUUUGUGAUUGUUUCUUGGUUUUUAAGCACGAUAUCAUGCCGAUAACCCACUACCUACAAAAUAUGUUAUGUUUAUUACACGUUUCUAAGCAAAAUUGCCUUUAAUAGUGACCAUUUUAAAAUUUGUGAUUAUAAAAUACAUGUGGUGUGCCUAAGAAAUAUAAAAAUGAAAUGCUGUAUAACUUUCUGCCCAAAUCAUCGCCGUAGAAGUAAAACAGGAGAAUUAUUUUCUUUUCCAAGUAGAAAGAAUUUAAAAAAAUUAUGGUUGAAAGCGGUAAACAUUGAUGAAAAAGAAAUAUCUUUAAACACAAAGCUCUGUUCCUUACAUUUCAAAGAGAAUGACUUUCUUAAUUCUUCCACCAAGGUUAAAUUAAAACCAAAUGUUGUACCUUCCUUAAAUUUAAACAAACUAAAUGAAGGGAAAAAAUCCAAUGAAAAAUUGUUAAUUAAACCUAAAAAGGAACCUGAAGAAAUGCCCAAAAAGGAGAUAACAAAGGGGCGGUCGUAUUCACGUAGGGCCGCCAGCAAAGAGGCCCUAAAGCAAAUGCACCUCAUAUUAGACGAUGAAGCUGAAACAUUGGAAAUACCGGACGAUGAUGAUGAGAAAGUGGUCCCUGUAGAUUUACCGGCCCCUCCACCGCCUAAAAAAAAAUACAAAAUUUCUCACAGGAAGUCUUCUGAUGGAGAUCGAGAAGUCUUGGUUUUUAAAAGUAUUACAAAUCAUAACGUUGAAAACACACUGGAUUUGGAGUGUUGGCCGGAAGAAUUAUCACCUGAACAAUUGCACAGAAAUACAAACAUGAACUUUGAAGAGCAAGAAAUGGCUAAACACCUCGAAAACUUGAUUAAAAAUUUAAAUGCUGAUAUUAUUUAUAAAGGAGAAUAUACCACAGCUGUGAGUGUUUCGGAGCCAAUCAAAGGAAUUAAAAAGAACACUGCGCCAAUAGUUCUUAACAACGCCGCUGGCGCGACCAGUUACCAACUGGUGAUGGACCCCAGAAUGGGUCUGAUGGGUAUAAUGUCACCCGUGGCAAGCACCAGCGCCUCUAUCACCACAACCCCAGCAAAACUGGGGAAGGUACAGGUCGCCCAAAAUUUAGGGCGACAAACGUCCUCCAGAGGGCGCGGUCGGAAACCCAACCAGGUGGGAAGGCCCCCGGCUAUGCAACAUGUGGAAAAAAAUUCUCCAGCAAUCUCGGCAGGGAGGAUAACACGGGGGAUAGCAACGACAUGUCUACAGCAGGUGGCAAACCACAAACCCUCUGAGGGCAAUGUGGAAGGUGGACUGACGACAGGCACGAAAAAUGCCGAAAAAAAAAUCGUGGAAUGGCCUGGCGCCAGCACCAGCGACAACCGCGAAAUUUCCUUCAAUAAAUUGCAAGGAAAAACCUACCCUUCGUUGGUGGUUGUGGCCAGACCCCAGCUAAGAGCCAACAACGUCAAUGCAGAUCGCGGAAAGUUAGACACAAAAGUUAAAUCGGUAUUGAUGCAUCCUCCCACGAAGUUCACCGAAUGGUUGAUUCAACAAGGCCUGGUUAAGUCGGAACAGCGAUGCGCGGUCCACCAAUCGCUGCUAAAGCUGGGCAUGUACAGCGACGUGUCUAAAUUUCCAUAUUCGGGCGGCUACGUCUGGAUCUCGGAAUGUUGCCCGCAACAAUUCGUGUCGGUUUUCAGCGGUUCGCUGUUCGAAGGUUCUCCUCACCCGCCCAUCGUCAUUCUUAAGCUCCUCUACCACUGGGCGUGCCAAACCAACGUCCAAAACGUGACGCAAUGGGUGAAAGUGAACAAUUUGUACGUCAAAGGAAUGUUCACUUACUUAAGAUCGGUGUGCACUGUGGCUUUGCACACGCAUGUAAGACGGCUGGGUGGUCCUGGAAUUAAAGUGGAAGUCGGGGUUAUUUCUUUGGGUACCACCUCACAAGAUGGCGCGCAACGGCAAGUCAAAGUCGAGGUUUUGGGUAUCUUGGAGACCGGUUCCAAGUUGAUUAGGUUAAGAGCCGUAGAGCCUCUAGCGGACGGCGAUAAGAACUACAGAAAGAGGUUUUUAAAGAUUCUGGAGCCGGUGUUAAACUGGGUGCACCCCACUAGCACCAUCGUAACCGACAUGACGGUGGAUAAAGUUACUUUGAACAAUAUGGGCUUCCACAACAUAAUUCAAAACACCAGCAGCGAUUCUUCGGUAAACAACCGCGCCAUAAUGGAGUAUUUGAGGAGGAUAGUGCCGAGGAUGUUCCAGAACACUUUAUCCCUGCUCUCGCGGCAAAUCAUCCAGCAAUUUUUGGACGAGUUGGUGUGGCGGGAGUGGUUCGGGACCACCACGUGUUGCACGUUCGACAACCUCAUUCUGCAUCUGGCAGAGCAAACGCGCGGGGAUACGUCGUUGCUGGUGAAGUUGUGUCGCGUGUCGAUGAACCCGUUCAAAAACUGGGCUCCGGUUAAACAGGGCGCCCAGGGGCCGCCGGUGCCGCCUCUGGUGCUGUCCGGGACGCCGCAGCAAAAAGGCAACGACAAACCGGCGAAAGGAAAGGGCAGAAGGACCGACACCCAAAUGGAACCGAGACCGCCGAAAAGUAGUUCGCCGGACAUUCCAGAGCAACUUGUGCCAUUAGAAAAUUAUUAUUACGGUACCAUUGACCAUUACGUCACGUCGACCAAAAUAACGCUAAACAUAAAAUGUCCACAGUGCAAAGAGGUGUUCACCAACAACUUGCAGCUAAUGAACCACCUGUUCAAGCAUGCGCACAACGUUUCGAUGGACGCGCAGCUCUGUCGCUACUGCUUGACGAGCGUCCCCACCGCCAACGACAUCCUCAAGCACUUCCUCAACGCGCACCCGUGCGAAACAAAGUUCGACAACGGGUUCGUGUGCCUCAUCUGCGAGACGCACUACAUGAACCCGUUUGUUUUAGGUAAACACAUGUCCAAAGAGCACUUCCCAUCGGAAUUGCCGUAUCAGUGCGGAUCGUGCUCGUACCGGUGCUCCAAUCAUAAGCAAAUAAUCGAUCAUUUUUACAAGGCCCACGAUAACGGGCCCACCAUCCAGUGCCCUUUCUGCUUAAAAUCCACCACGGUCUACUCCUCUUCAAGGAAUCUAGCGCAAAAUAUAACCUUCUUCAUUCAACACCUUCAAAAGCAUCAGAAGAAGCAGUUUGCCAAAAGAUGCGGCAAAUGCAAUCUGUGGUUCAUCAACAAAGACGACGUCAAAGAGCAUCAGCAAAAAAUGCAUUGUUCCCAAAGAGGCAAAACAGGUCUGAUAGGGUGGAGCGCGCCACGUAACGGUGUCAUGGUGCCAAAAUCAAAAAUGGAGAAGUAUCCGGGAGACGCUGAUGUUAUAAACUUUGGCACGUUAUUCUUCAACGUUUCCAAAGCGGCGCGUUGUAAAGAAUGCGACACGCCCAUGAACUCUCCCAAACACUUUCCGUCCUUCGAAACGUGCCAAAAUCCGAAUUGCCAGUACUCCACCUGUUGCACGUCAGCCAUGCAAGAGCACAACGCCAGAUGCAGCAAAAAAUCCGAACUGGUUCCGGCUCCCGAACCGUUACCGUUCGAUAUGUUUUGCGUUUGCGGAUACAGCAGCGGCGACGGCAACGUUUUGGCGAAACAUCUCGCAAUUUGCGAGAGAAAAUCCGCCUAUCCUUCGGUGCAAUGCGCCAAGCAGGCCUGCGUCACUCACAGCAUGUUGGACGUGUUGGGAUUGGUCAGGAACCCGGAAACAGCAACCAAGCGUAAAAAAAUAAAAAGAAGCACUCCCCCUAUUGAAAAAUCAGCCCCUAUUGGUGUUAGUGACCAGGAUUCGUCGAUUAUAAAAGAAGAAAAGGAUGUCGUUGAAUCGCCCAGCUUAAAACCCGAUAAAACCGAACAAUCUGCAUCCAAAGUCGUGGAAAUAGAAGAUUCUCCACCCCCACAAACAGUCAACUCUGACAGUCCGAAGUCCGAAGACGACAAACUUAUCGAAGAAAAAGCGAAUGAAGAGGGUACUGAAAAACCAACAGAUUUUGAGGAAAUUAAAGAUGAUUCUAUUGAUGACGUAGACUUGCCCAAAGAAGACGAAUCCUCGAAGAAUAUCACUGAAGCAAUGGAUGAAAAAUCGCCCGAAAUUUCUGAAGAAAAAUCCUCGGAAACCGAGGUCUCGGAAGAAAAAUCUGAAUCGGAGUAUAUAACUGAUGCCACUGAAGUAAUAGAAAUUUCGGAAGAAAAAUCCUCGGAAACUGAAGAUGCGGCAGAUGUUACCGAAGCAAUAGUGGAAAAAGGUUCUGAAAUUGAAGAUGUCGCUGAAGCAGUAAUAAAAACAUGUUCUGAAAUUGAGGAUGCCUCUGACGCAGUUGAAGAAAAAUCAAAUGAAAAUGUAGCUAAAGAAAUGGAAGAAAAACCCGAAGAAAUUGGCGAAGCAGAGGAAAAAUCUUCUGAAACUGAAGAAAUUGACGAAGCAGUGGUAGAAAAAUCUGAAAUUGAAGAGGAAGUUGCGUCUGAGAGUACAAUUAAAGGAACUGAUUUUGUGGGCGGUUCUAUAAAAGAAAAUAUUGAAACCACUUUGGAUGUGAAAGAUGACGAAAAAGUUUCUGAAAGUACAGAACCUGAAAACAUCAGUAUUGCACCUGUGGCUGCAAUGGAGGUUGAAGAAUCUGAAAGUAAUGAAACUACUUUAAUGGAAACAGACUAAUUAUAAUUAAUUAAGAAAAAAAUAUGUGUAUUCAAAAUGUUUGAUAAUAAUUGUAUUCAAAUUUUAUGAACAUGGUUUUUAUUUUGUAAAAGUUGGUGCAUUAAAUAACUCGAAUGUUGUUCAAUGUUCACAAAUAGCUUGUUUUUAUUUUUAUAGUAAUUCUAUGUUUUAUUAAUUAAUAUACAAAAUAUUCCACAUAA